AUUUUUAUAUAUUAAAAGAAAAGAAAGGAAAAGAAAAGAAGAAGAGAGAAAAACCGAAAGGGCAAACGAGCCCUAGCCGUUCGCCAUUGCGCAGCUCGCAGUCUCUCUCUCUGUUCUAUCCAAUCCAGGAGUUUAUUUCUUGCCUGAUAGCUUAUAAAUGGCACACAGACCAGACCCCGACAUCGAUGAUGAUUUUAGUGAACUUUAUAAGGAAUAUACUGGCCCUCUGGGUUCUAAUGCUACAAAUAUACAAGACAAAGCAAAAACCAACAAAAGGUCCCAUGCAAGUUCUGAUGAGGAAGAGGAACCUCGUGACCCCAAUGCUGUCCCAACUGAUUUUACUAGCAGAGAAGCUAAGGUUUGGGAGGCUAAAUCUAAAGCUACUGAGAGGAACUGGAAGAAGAGGAAGGAAGAAGAAAUGAUCUGUAAAUUAUGUGGAGAAUCAGGUCACUUUACUCAGGGAUGUCCGUCAACUCUUGGAGCGAAUCGCAAGUCUCAGGAUUUCUUUGAAAGAAUUCCUGCGAGAGAGAAACAUGUUAAAGCACUUUUCACAGAGAAAGUGAUUCAAAAGAUUGAGAAGGAUGUUGGCUGCAAAAUAAAAGUAGAUGAGAAAUUUAUCAUUGUCAGUGGCAAGGAUAGGUUGAUUUUGGCAAAAGGUGUGGAUGCUGUGCACAAAGUUAAAGAAGAGGGUGAAAAAAAGGGUUCCUCUAGUUCUCACAUGAGCAGAUCUAGAUCACCUGAGCGGAGAAGCCCUGUUAGCUCACGGUUUGGACGCUCUGAUUCCCAGAGGUCUCUUCCCAGCCUACGCAAUCCAUCCCAGUUCCAACCGAGGUUUAGCAGACAAGAUAAGGUUGUGGAAGACCGUGUUCGUGAGGAUCUGCAAAAAGUGGCAAGGGGUUCCCCACAAGCGAGAGCUUAUGGUAAUAACGGAGCUAGAGGUCGUUCAAGCCGUUCAAAAUCUCCGCCACGCCACCCUUAUGCAGCCAACUCAUAUAAUUCAUAUGACGGUCAUAGUCAAAGCAUGGGGGCCCACAGGUCUGAUCGAUGGGAUACUGAAAGGAGAGGAUCUGACAUGCAAUCUGGCCGUAAUUUUGAGCACCCUGCCGUCUCAUGGACGUUAGAAGAAUUAGAAUUGGAUUAUAAGAGGGAGGCAAUGGGACUUGGAAGAAUUCGUGAUAAGGAAGAAGAUGAAGAGAAUUACAAGCAUCGUGAGGCUGUCAGGGAGAUGAGGGAGGAUUACAUGAAGAAACUUGCUACCAUAAGUGGAACACAUGCAAAGCAAUGGGAAGAGUUUCUUCAACUCAAUGCCCAAAGGAGGCAACAAGAAGCACGUCAGCAAAUCUCUACUUCAGGGUUUGGUGGUUAUAAACAACCGAGUUAUUCUGAGUAUGAUGACUCUAAUGGCAAUCCUCACUAUGCUGAAGCUAGUGUACCAAUGGAAUCAAGGGGGAGGUACCCAAACCCUAUGGAUAAUUAUCCUUCUUCAAGGCCUCACGACCCUUACGGAGACUUCCAGCGUCAGAGGCGUGAGGAUUGUGGGAAAGCAUAUACUCGAUACUAAAUUGGUACAUUCCAGUAAGUUUGGAUCCCUGGUUGUUCGGGUAAGAAGUGAUGAACGUGGGAGCUCAAAAAGUAGGUGACUAUGUCAAUCAUGUUUCCGGACCUGAGAAGGGAACAUUGUUAAAAAUUAAAUUCUAGAGUGUAGUGUUUUUUCUUUUGGCUUAAUCUGCCAAGGCCAGUAGUUCUGAUAAUGGUUACUUAAAAAGUGGGCUUACAUGAUGUGGACCAGCAUUAGAAUUUCUGGUUAAGCUUACUUGGGUUAGAAAUAAAAAGCGCUGCAAUUUCUGUCAUGUCCUUAUUGUGGUUGCACAACUAAACUGAAUUAAUAAUGGGGGACACUGAGAAAGGUCCAUAUCUUAUUAUUGAUUUUGAAAAAUCAAAAAAACAUUUUUUGAUAAUUAUUUUUUGGUGUUUGUAAUGCCGUGUAACAGCACAACAUACAGAUGCCAUGUUGUGCAAUUUUGUUUGUGUUUUUUCUUUUUAUUUUUUAAUGAUGGUGUUGGUAUUGAUGUGUAUUGGAUUAUGAACGAAUUUCUGCAAAUUUCAGUGAACAUGGUAUGUGGUGACAUAAUAA